GUAACACUGAAACAAAAACAGUGAAAAUAUAAGAUAGGGAAGUCUCGACACUUUCGAGCUCACGGAUCAUUUCAAAUGCGCAUGCGUGACUUUCACACGUGAAGCAAACGUUUGAGCUAGCUGCACGCUGUAAACAUUUGUGGAGUCCGUAACGCUGCUAAAUAAACAUUUAUUUUGCAUUUUUGCUCCUCUAUACCCCCAAGAAGGGAAAUACCUCCGUGAAGCAUUUCGCCGAGAGGAUCUGCACACUAAAACGACUUUUUCCACAAUGAGUGAAGCUCCAGUGAACCCAAAGGCCUAUCCGCUGGCGGACGCCACGCUGACCAAAACCAUCCUCGACUUGGUGCAGCAAGCCUCCAACUACAAGCAGCUGAGGAAGGGGGCUAAUGAAGCCACAAAGACCCUGAACAGAGGCAUAGCUGAAUUUAUCGUCAUGGCUGCUGAUGCCGAACCACUGGAGAUCAUUCUCCACCUACCAUUGCUCUGCGAGGACAAGAAUGUCCCAUAUGUGUUUGUCCGCUCCAAGCAAGCCCUGGGCCGGGCUUGUGGGGUGUCCCGUCCCGUCAUCGCUACCUCAGUCACCAUAAAGGAGGGGUCGCAGCUCAAACCACAGAUCCAGACGGUUCAAAUGUCUAUUGAGAGACUACUGGUGUGAUUGUUAAUGCACUGGUCAAACAGAAGAGAAAUUCCAUGAUCCACUUACGCUUAUGUUUAUGAAGCAUGCAUGACCAUUUUUUAUGUAGGACUGCUUACACUUAAGUGUAUUUGCCAUGUCAUAGCUUGUUUCAUAAUAAACUUUUUUUUUAUUUUUAA